AAUUAUUUCCAAUUUAAAAUAUUUAACUUAUUUAAUUAGAUUCAAUUAGUAUCAGACUGAAAUGUUUGGUAAUGUUUUUACGUGUUAUAUAUUCACGGCAGCAAUAAAACCACGUAACUUCUCACCUCGGACCCGCAAGGCUGGAGGUCAAGUCAACCCUCUCUGUUUCUUCACUUGCGAACGUCUGCAGAGAACCUUCCAUGAAGGCCAAGCAAGGCCAAAAGACUACAAAACCACCCCAACUGAGUCUACUGAUUUCCAUGCUUCCUCCUUCUUACUCAAUCAUUGUUUCUCCACGUAUUAUUUCAUUGCUUUUUUCUUCGUUCGAAUUUUCAAUUCCUUGCCACUGACGUAUAAAAGUUUCCGGUUUCACACUUGGAUUCUUUGUUUCACGGCCUCUGUUUUGCCUGUAUCGGUUUUGCUCUCUUCUUCUUCUUGGGACUUUUAUUUUGGGUUUUCAGAGGAGGAGUCAAGAAAGUUCAGCUCUGUGCUCAUGGGGUCUUGCUUCAGUGCUAGAAUCAAAGCCGAGAGUCCUACGCACCAUGAAAGUGCAGAAACGGUUUCAAAGAACAGCAGCAGGGAUGCAAAUGAUCUGAGCUGUUCAAGCCGCAAGUUUUCAUCUCUCUCACUCUUGAUGCCUCAGCGGACAGAGGGAGAGAUCUUGCAGUCCUCUAAUUUGAAGAGCUUCAGCUUUAAUGAAUUGAAAACAGCCACUAGGAACUUCCGGCCAGAUAGUGUUUUAGGUGAAGGUGGUUUUGGUUGUGUCUUUAAGGGUUGGAUUGAUGAACAUUCCUUUGCACCUGCUAAGCCUGGAACUGGGAUGGUUAUUGCAGUAAAGAGGCUAAGCAAAGAAGGUUUCCAAGGUCAUCAGGAAUGGUUGGCAGAAAUCAAAUACCUGGGUCAACUGUAUCAUCCUAAUCUUGUGAAACUAAUUGGUUACUGCUUGGAGGAUGUCCACCGACUUCUGGUUUAUGAAUUUAUGCCCAGAGGCAGCUUAGAGAAUCAUCUAUUUAGAAGGAAUGCUCAACCUCUUUCUUGGAACGACCGGAUGAAGAUUGCCCUUGGUGCUGCAAAGGGCCUAGCAUUUCUUCAUAGUGAUGAGGCAAAAGUCAUCUAUCGAGACUUCAAAACUUCAAAUGUUUUGCUUGAUUCGAACUAUAGUGCAAAACUCUCUGACUUUGGCUUGGCCAAGGAUGGACCAACAGGUGAUAGAACCCAUGUCUCUACAAGGGUCAUGGGUACCUAUGGCUAUGCUGCUCCUGAAUAUGUGGCAACAGGUCAUUUAACUGCCAGAAGUGACAUAUACAGUUUUGGGGUUGUUCUCCUCGAAAUGUUAUCUGGGAGACGAGUAUUGGACAAGAACAGGCCAUCCAGAGAACAGGAUUUGAUCGAAUGGGCCAAGCCUUACCUUAACAGCAAACGCAAAGUUUUCCAAGUUAUGGAUGCUCGCAUUGAAAAUCAAUACCCAUUGGAUGCAGCGAGGAAAGCUGCUACUCUAGCACUCCAAUGUCUCUCAGCAGAUCCUAAGCUCAGGCCAAGCAUGAACGCAGUAGUGAAAGCACUAGAGCAACUUCAGGAACCUGAUGUCAACGAGGCAGGCUCUCAAAUUGCAACUUCCCAAAGUUCAGAUCACACUUCGAGGAAUGAUCCUCAAGGGAAAACUGUUGGGUAACUUGGGUGUACUGCUGGUGGAAAAGCUCCUUCUUGGGGCGCACCAGGGCCAUCUGCUUCUCCACUUCAUACAUAGUUUAAGGAUAAUACAUGAUAUGAUCCCUGUGUUACUAAUUUGCGCAGAUGACAUUUGUAUGUAUAUCAUAUAUUGUAACCUGACUCUCACCAUGUAUGCCGGCUGUUGAUAGUUUGUACAGUUUUUCAAUUCCCUGAUAUUUUCGUUACAUUUUUACUCACGGAAUAAAUAAUAUAUGAAUAA